AUGGCUGAAAUCAUUGUCUCUGAACUCCUGAAACCUGUUAUUGAGAAGCUGUCUUCUGAAGCCUUGAAGAAAAUCGAACGGUCCCAAGGAAUCCAGUCAGAGCUGAAGAAACUAAAGAGGACACAGACCCACCAGAUCCAGGCUCUCCUUACCGAUGCUUCUCAAAAGGAGAUAACCCAGGAAGCUGUUCAAAACUGGCUCAAUGGUGUCCAACAUUUGGCUUACCACGUACUUAAUGAUCUGGCAACAGAAGCUAAGGUAAAAAGGCUCCUCGUCCCAACUUGUUGCACAAAUCUAUCACUAAGUCAGAGAAUGCAUCACAAGUUAGACACUAUUACCACCAAGUUACAAGAUCUAGAAAAGGAGAAAAUCGGUCUAGGGUUAGUUGGUAUGGGCGGGUUAGGCAAAACCACUCUAGCUAGACUUUUGUAUGACGAUGAGCAAGUUAAGAAGCACUUUGAACUCAUGGCUUGGGUUUGUGUGUCUGAUCAGUUUGAUAUCUUUAAUAUAAGCAAAGUUAUCUUACAAUAUGUGAAGGAGGUGGAAAAGGAGGAAUUUGCAGAUUUAAAUCUGCUUCAAGUAGCUCUUAAUAAUCAACUUAAGGAGAAAAGAUUUUUAAUGGUAUUAGAUGAUGUUUGGAGUGAGAGUUAUGAGGAUUGGGUGACCCUAGUGAGCCCAUUUCACGCGUGUGCACCUGGAAGUAAAAUUAUAAUGACAACCAGAAAGGUGCAAUUGCUCAAAAAGUUGGGUCGCGGUCAUCUAAAUCAUAUGCAGAUUCUUUCACAUGACGUUGCUGUGUCUUUAUUUUCUCAACAUACGUUCGGUACCAAAAUCACACAUUUACCGGAAAAUGUCAGCAAUCUCUACAACUUACAGACAUUAAUUGUUUUUGGAUGUGAAUGUUUAAGUAAGUUUCUUAUCAACUUCUCAAAGCUUAAAAACUUGCGGCAUCUGGAUAUUAGGGAUACUCCGCUUUUAAAUAAGAUACCCUUAGGGAUUGGCGAGUUGAAAAGCUUACAGACUCUCUCCAAGAUUAUUAUCGGAGGAGAUAAUGGCCUUGCAAUAACCGAGCUUAAAGACCUCACAAAUCUUCAUGGGAAGACUCGCAUCAAGGGGCUGGAAAAAGUGGAAAUGGCGGUGCAUGCAUGUGAGGCAAACUUUUCGCAAAAAAGGCUGAGCGAGUUAGAACUAGAAUGGAGUGUCGUGUUUGAUGAUUCGAGAAACGAAUCUCUUGAAAAGGAGGUCCUUGAUGUGUUGAAGCCUCAUAGUGAUAGUUUGAUAAAGCUUGGAAUAGUGUCAUAUGGGGGUAUAGAGUUUCCUAAUUGGGUUGGGGAUACAUCGUUUCUUAGUCUGCUUAGCGUGUCUCUACGUGGCUGUAAAAACUGUACAUCUUUACCACCACUUGCGCAACUAGCGUCACUUAAAAAGUUGUUUAUAGAAGACAUGGAUAAGGUGAUACCUAUUGGUCUUGAGUUAAUUGGGACCGGUCUUGCAUUCAGUUCGCUUGAAAUUCUAGAAUUACGAAAUAUGAAGAGGUUGGAAGUAUGGUCAACUGAUAUUGGAGUCGUGAUAUUUCCAUGCCUUGAAAAGCUUCUUAUAGAAAACUGUCCUAGUUUGGUAGAAGUGUCACUUUACGCACUACCUUCAUUGAAUAUUCUAGAAGUAUCCGAAUGUGAUAGUGGCGUGUUGAGAAGACUGGUGAAGUUGAAUCAAUACAACGAUGAGUGGAAGUGGAACGGGGUUGAAUACGGAGGAGAAAAAGAUUUCAGCGCAAAUUCGGUCAGGAGACUUCUUGACAAAAGCAGGAUUCGAUCGGAUACGUAUGUUCCCGAGCGAUGUAAGUGGGUCCCAAAGAAGUGCAACAUAUUCAUUUGGAGGGCGGAAAUGGGUAAAAUUGCUAUAUUGGAUGCUCUAAAAAGAAGAAAUAUCGGAGAUGGUAGCACGUCAUGUGGGUUAUACAAAGAUGGGGAAGAGAGUGUUGAACAUCUCUUCACGUCUUGCUAUUUUGCGUCGAUGCGUCGAUGCUCUGGAUUCUCAUUAGUAAAUGGUGCAAGUGCCAGAACUUGGUGGUAUUCUCCUUUAGAGAUCUCAUUGAGAUCCAUAAUCAUGUGGGUUUGGAUGGGAAGAAGGAGGAGGUUCUAA